AGUAAGAAUGGCUGUUUCACUAUGGUUCCGCUGCUUGUUUGGUCCCAAUCUGCACCGGAUUCACCGCCCACCGGAUCACUCCCGACCCGAUCACAGGACCGUAAGGAGGGGUGUAGAUUACCAGCCAAGAAGUUUGGAAAGACACACUGACAGUAUCAUUGGUUGGGCGUUAUUGUUGUGGUCCCUGUCAUAUUACAGCUCCCCACUUCUUCUGUGCUAUCUCUAUAGGAAAGGUUAUAUCUGCUCCAGUAAGCUUGUUCCUUUUAGCCAGUACGUUGGCACAGCACUGGUCUGUUUGCUGGGUGUGGCCUGUCUGAGAGGCUUGGGACGCUGGAGAAACUCUGAGUAUGUUCAGUUCAUCUCCAUCCUGGAUGAGACCAGGAAGAACCACACGCCUAGCAACAAGAAAAAACUUUCUGCAUAUGAUUUCGACUUCUCACACUGGCCAGCAGAUUUCAGCUGGAAUGAAGCAGGCAGUCAGAAGUCAAAAGGGGGCGUUUCACUGCUGAAGCCAGAGCCCAAACACAGAGGCGCAGCAGACAGUCUGCUGGGUUCAGUACGGACAUUACCAUGUCAUAUCAUCAGCUAUCUCAUAACCCACUCGUUUGGUCGGAGGAUGCUCUACCCGGGCUCUGUGGGGCUGCUGCAGAAGGCCAUGAGACCCAUGCUGAGAGAAGGCCAAGCCAAGCUUAUUGAAGACUACGGUGGGCAGAGAAACAAGCUGAUGGCGUGUGACGGAAAUGAAAUUGAUACUAUGUUUGUGGAUCGGAGAGAAACCAGAGGUUCAAACAGCAAAACUUUGGUGAUCUGUUGUGAGGGGAAUGCAGGCUUCUAUGAAGUGGGCUGCAUGAACACUCCACUGGAAGGUGGGUACUCAGUCCUGGGCUGGAAUCAUCCAGGAUUUGCUGGCAGUACAGGUGUGCCGUUUCCUCAGAACGAAGCCAACGCGAUGGACGUGGUCAUCCAGUUCGCUGUGCACAAAUUGGGAUUCAGUUUGAGUGACAUUGUUGUGUAUGCCUGGUCAAUAGGAGGCUUUACGGCUUCUUGGGCAGUAAUGUCCUAUCCUGAGAUUCAAGCCGUGGUUCUAGACGCUUCAUUUGAUGACCUCCUGCCCCUCGCCUUGAAGGUCAUGCCCGACAGCUGGCGACCGUUGGUGACUUACACAGUCCGGCAGUACAUGAACCUCAACAACGCAGAGCAGCUGUGCAAGUAUAACGGACCAGUGCUGUUGAUCAGAAGAACUAAAGAUGAAAUCAUCACCACAACGGGACCAGAGGACAUAAUGUCCAACCGAGGCAAUGACCUGCUGCUCAGACUACUUCACUUUAGGUAUCCUAAGGUAAUGACCGAGGACAGCGUCAAUGCGGUCAGAGAAUGGCUGGCAGCCACUUCAACCCGAAAUGCAGAGUUGGUGUACUCCAAAUUUCAGGUGGAUGAUGACUGGUGUCUACCUGUUCUUCAGUCCUAUCAGUCAGACAAGGAAGCACCUUUCCCCUGGAGUGUCGGUGAGGACAUGACAAUGGAAGGCAGACGGCAGCUUGCACUCUUCCUGGCUCAAAAGUACAUGAGGAAUUUUGAGACGACGCACUGCACUCCACUUCCCAUCUCAGAGUUCCGUGUUCCCUGGAAGCUGUAAAGAACCGGACGGGUGGAGGCAAAAAGUAGAACCGUGGUAAAAAUACUGACGGAAUACAGUGAGGAUUUACAGUCUGUGUUCUGAGUGAUGGGUAAAAUAUGUCAUUGUGGUUUGCUUGUGUAACAGUACAAUCUGGAAAGCUCUGUUCUAGUCAGUUGGCUGCUCCAGGGUUAGGGUUGUUUGGGAGAAGACUUUGGAAUUUGGCACUCCUCUUAUGUCCCAUUUCUUCCGGUCAGGUUUUCAUCCUUUUGUUUUGGGAGCGCUCUCAUUCUGAAUUUGAAUCUUACUUAUAAAUAAUGACCUCAACGUUAUUGUGUUGUAAUUCCUUAAUAAACGUAUGGUUGGUUUGUGCCACCAGCAGUUCA